AUGGCGGCUGACGAGAGAAAUCUCACGAUAAGACGCGGCCAAUUAAAAGGCACGGUUACGAGAUUCUUGACUUACCUACAAAGUGAAGAAUUGGAUCCAAAUCAAGUAUCAUUAAGAAGGGAAAAAAUCGAAGAAGUUUGGCAUGAAUUUGACCAAAUUCAAACGGCACUUGAAUUGACGGAGAAUUUAAACGAAAGCACGGCGUAUCGUAAGGAGUUCGAAGAUCUAUACUUUAAGGCUAUAGUAGAAGCAAAUAAAAUUGUAUCACUAGGAAUGGUAAAGGAGACUACCUCUGAACGAGGAAGUAUGGCGAUAGCGAGCGAAAGAAGUACAGGGAGAAACAGUAUGGCGCCUCAAGUGAAAUUAGCAGCAUUAAAAGUACCUGUUUUUAAUGGGGAUUAUUUAGAAUGGGCGUCGUUUUAUGAUACAUUUACGGCAUUGGUACAUACACACCCGGACCUAUUGCCCGUAUCGAAGUUUUUUCAUUUGCGCGAAGCGCUAUCAGGAGAGGCGUUGAACUCGAUAAGAAGUUUGGAGACCACAGCAAAUAAUUAUGAAAAAGCGUGGAGCAUUCUGUGUGCUAGGUAUAAUAAUAAAAAAGUGCGAAUUCAAGCUCAUGUGCGGGCAAUAUUUUGUAAUGGGAUUACGCAAUACCAUAUAUUUUGCUCAUAA